AAUUUGUAUUCAACUUAAGGUAACGCGGGCUCAUGUGAAGGAGGUGCCAUGAUACCUGUAUAUGAUUACGCCAAGAAAGAGGGUAUCCCCGAUGAAACGUGCAACAACUAUCAAGCUAAAGACCAGGCUUGCGAUAAGAAACAUCAAUGUAAAACUUGUACAUUCGCUGGACAUUGUUUUGCUUUAGCGAACUACACAAGAUUUAAAGUCCAGGAAUACGGUCGUGUCAGUGGUCGAAACAAAAUGAAAGCGGAAAUAUACGAACGCGGUCCAAUAGCGUGUGGCAUAAUGGCGACUCAGAAGUUAGACAAGUAUAGGGGUGGGCUGUACUCUGAAUACAAUGUUGAUAUAGGAAUCAAUCACAUUAUUUCUGUUGCUGUGUGGGGCGUGGAUACCAAUGGUGUGGAAUACUGGAUAGUACGCAACUCCUGGGGAAGACCUUGGGGUGAGAAAGGAUGGUUGAGAAUUGUUACAAGCGCAUACAAAAAAGGCCAGGGUAAAAAAUACAAUCUUGGCAUCGAGACAAUGCGCACCUUCGCCGUUCCAACCACUGCUGAAUCAUCUCCAUGAUUUGACACGAAUGACGUCACUGCAGUUAUUCUCAUUAUAACUGUAAUGGAAUAAACGCUUUAGUUUUUUUUAUCAUUUACGUACAACUAUUGUUACUUAAAAUUAACUAAUUUUGAAAACAACUAUAAAUUUCAAUCGAA